UAAACAACUUACUACGAGAUAAGCUGGUCAGUGUUUAGAAGUGUAUCAGUACGAAAAGAGCUCAGUCGAGAUAAAUGUUACAGAAGUGAUUUUUGAAAAUGACAAGUGGAAAGCCGAAAUCGCUCUUGAGCGAUGAAUAUCUUUUUGAAAAGACGCUUGCAAAGAAGAGUUAUUUGAAACUUUAUUUGAUAUUCGGAAUUUGUUUUCUCUGCACUCUGGUACUUUCGAUGUUUGUUGUUCUAAUGCUAACAAUGGCCAGAGUGAAACAAUUGGAAAACGAAGUUGAAAAUAUAAAGGGCACUUUGGCUAACCUCAACUUGUUGGAUAAUGAGUUCAUCAACACUAUAAUUGGGGCAGAAUAUGAAGAUAUUCCUGUGGAUGACAUGGAAGACCUGGAAGAUGAUAUUAUAUUGGAACCUGAAGAAAAUUAUAUAUAUUUCGAGAAUGAUGACCAAACCAACAGAAAUGAAAAUAAUCAAACCGAAAACAGUCGAUACGAGUCUCCAAUGAAUCUGACUAAAGAAGGAAAAGAAUCAGUUAGGAUUAAAAGAGAUAUAGUUGCGGCUACUCAGGAUGGAGUUGUCAUUAAUUCUGAACCUUACGCUGAAAGAAAGGCCAAAAACAAUACCACACAGUACACUGUGAGGGGUAAAUCAGUGACUGCCUUUCCUGCAAAACCAUCUUCAAUAGGAUCUCAAUGGCCAAUACAUCCGCAGAGCUAUUAUACACCCUCAUCUCGCAGAUACACGCAAUACAAGCCCUCCACAAAAGCCCCACCGAGAGUAUAUUAUGGGCAGUCAAGAGUUAUGCAUCGUACCGAUAAAUCCAAAGCUUUUCGUCAAAUUGUUAAGAAAUCUGCUUUGAAGUCCGGCGAUUCAUACCAGGAUGAAAGUAUUGCUACUUCAUCGCCAGAUUUCGUAAUUGUACGUGACGAAGGAUUUGCAGGACGGCGAUACAGGCAGCGAAGUUCAAAUUUGGAAACCUUAGACGAGGGACACUACAGAACAGGAAGGAUCAAACCACUUCCCGCUAUACACUACAAUGGAGAUACUUCCAAAUAUGUGGUCGGACAACACCCGAAUUAUUUAGGCAACGGGCAUAUUAGACACCACCAACGAACGUUUACAGACUGGAAAUCUAGUGGUUGGGUAGAAACUUUGGAAAUGGACUCUCAUUUCUUUUUCAACGAUGGAUAUGUAACUAUUAAAGAAUCUGGAUUGUAUCUGGUUUACUCUCAGAUCUAUUAUUUAGACGAGCAUGAUGUUGCUGGAUACAGAGUUUUCAAAAAUAAUGAAAUGAUUCUCCAAUGCACUCUGACAAUUCAUUCUGUCGCAAGAACUCUCAAAGGUAAUACUUGUUAUACCGGGGGAGUGGAACACUUUUCAGAGGGUGACAGGGUCUCCUUGGCUGAUAUUACCGAAGGAAGAUUGUCUCUAUUCGAACCAGGAAAAUCCUUCUUUAAUAAAGUGUUUAUAUUGUGA